AUGACAACCGUCUCCCAAUGGCAGACAUUCCUAACCCGCAGCCUUGCGACUCGUCUUUCGCCCGACACCUUUGAAUCCUACCUACAAAUCCUCGAAUCGAAGCAUCCUCUCUCUCCAAAUCGUAUAUGCGACAUAUUCUUGAGUCCGCGGAUAGAGAACACCUAUGCUUUAGAUCCUCGAAUAUCGAAAUACAUCCAGAUCCUCUUGUCAUCGAGGCUGGUCCACAUUCCAGCUGUACUCAAAGCUCUGCUGAAAUAUUCAAGCUUCAGCAAACAUGACGAGAACAGCAAUGGAACAACUGGCUCUGAUCCGAACACUCAGCAGAGUAAUAGGGGCGGAAAGAAAGAUGAUGGCCCUGCCAAACAUUGGAGCAAUUCUUACGGAGCGGAAGAAACACUAUUUUAUCGCAUGGCCAAGAACAUAUCCUCUGGGGUGGCGCCGCACGACAUAGAUGAAGCUGUCGAGUUAGUAAAAGCUUCUAUACAAUGGAUGGAGGUUAUUAUAACUGCGAGUCAUUCGGCUCAAGAAAUGAUGGGCCUGGACCAAACGCACACGCAUGAGAAGAAUGCCCAGAGCAUGGCACUUGGCACACUGGUGAUUGCUAUUGUGGAAAAUACCCAGGUAGUUAAUGCUUUGAGCAAAGGCAGAGUGCCUAAAGCUACCCGAAAGGACUUGUCAAAGAUGCUGGCAAACUUUGUGCCACUCCUGUUGCAGAACAGUGCCCAGGCUGCAGCACGUUUGGAAGUAUUCAGGACCGAAACUUUGGUUGCAAUCGAACCUGUGGACAAGAAGGAGAUGGCUGCUGAUAAGGCGUUUGAAGACAUACUGGAUGAGAGUAUUGGAUUGGCACAGACGGUGGACACCAUGGUUGUGGAAGAGUUGCCUAUCGUGAACUCAAGGGCGGGGCUAUACAUCUACCUGAACUCCUUGCUGUUUGCACGCCCACUGAUUGAUGACAAUGCUCUUUUGGCGUAUUUGCACAACCGAUAUCAGGGUGAUAUACAAACGACUGUCAUAGAUCUGAUUCUCGCAGCAUUCGAUGUUCUGGCCAACGCUACCUUCCGCAACGAGAGACCUCAGUCCACUUUCAUUCUACGCUCGUUUCUCAUCAACAAAGUCCCUGUCAUGCUUACAACUCUAUGCACCCAGCUGUUCCCGUCACCCACAUCAGAGUAUUGCAUCACGCGAGCACUGGGCCAGGUUGACACAACGGCGUUUCCUACUCUUUCAAACAUGUUCGAUGAAACUAGUAGCGCCAAUAAUAUGUUCUCGGAUUCGGUCCGCCAAGACUUCUGCUUUGCAUGCUGCUUACAUGGGCUGAUUGCCGAGUCGAGUAUUGAAGAGUUGCUAGGAGACAUACCUAUGCAGAGUCUACCGGCAGGUGGAAGAUAUGCCAAAGAUGACCUGGUCCAGCAAUGUCUUUCUGACCCUGAGCGGGCAGAAGUCUUGAUUGCUGAACUUGAGAAUAUGGAUGGCAACGUUGGCGCUGUUGGCCAAGCAAUUACAGAGGUCAUUGGACGGCUUUGUAACAAUAAAGAAACGAUGUCACUCAAGACGUUGUGCAGCCAGUUGGCAAGAAAACCAAGUUCACUCGAUGUGAUGCUACUUUUCGAGAAACCAAUCACUAUCCUGCAACCAAUAUGCGAUCUUCUCGACAACUGGAGAUAUGACGAAGAUCAAGGAGAGUACCAGCCUGUUUACGAGGAAUUCGGCUCUAUCCUACUGCUUGUCCUCUCCUUUACACAUAGGUAUGGGCUUUCUACUGUCGACCUCGGUAUUCGCAGCAGCGAUUCGUUUAUCGCGAAGCUUCUCAGCCAAGGCCAUCUCAGUCGUGCUAUGGAAGAUAUGACCGAGCAAGAGCAAGGCCAUCUUGAUGGCUGGAUCAAAGGCCUUUUCGACAGCGGCGGUCUGGGCGACGAACUCAUGUCUUCAUGCCCGCCACACGACUUUUACCUCCUGGUUCCAACACUCUUCUACCAUAUUGUUUUAGCAUGUUCAACGAAACAUCUGUCAGAUGAGGGUUUGAAGGGCGGUCUGGAGUAUCUGGUAGAUACCUUCUUGCUUCCCUCCCUGAUACCUGGUAUUACGUGGUUAUCUUCGCACCUUUGGGAGUCUCGAGGUGAUGCAAACGCAGUUUUGCAGAUCCUCUCCGCUCUGAUUACCAACCCAGCAUCCAUAUCCGUCAAUACAGAAGCAUCACAGAUGCUCGGAGCUAUUCUCAAUAUUGUUGCGAAGAAUCUCGAGCAUAGUCUUCGGUGGGUUCAACGAUCGGAACCAUCGAGGCAAGAUGUCGAGCCUCUCUCGAAAGCUCUUCGAGGUCAUCUAGGCUGGGAACGUCGAGGUGCAACUGAUCACACCGAGCUCGAAGCGUGGACUGCAACACCUGGAGGUGGCCUUACUGUCGCUAUCAAGCAUACAAUAGCAAACCUUGUUCAAUGGGCUCUUGCACCAUCAGCCAACACCCAUCCUGCUGCCUACACACAACGUCAGAUAUUAGCUGCGCUGAAGAUUCACGGUGCCAAGCGACUGUUACAUACAAUCCUAGAUGAAGUCAAGACACAAUCAGCGGCAGGCAAUGCCAGUCUUGUUUAUGAUGUUGUCUGCGCAAUUAUUUGCUCUCCGGAUGCUGCCAGUUGGGAUGCUGGGAUGCAAGUAGAUGUCCUUGGUACCAACACAAUCCAGCCUCUGGAUCGACGCCUCACCCUGCGUGAAGCACUGAAGUACGAAGCUGAAAGUGCCCCCAAACUUCACAAAUCAGAUCCCUUUGCGGCGGAUACAAUCGUUCGACUCUACAGGAAGGUAGAAGCACAACUCGUUAUGCCACAACAAGCGAUGCUGGAACACGAUGCUCUUGGUGGACUGGACAGUGACCUUAAUCAGGCUUUAGAUUCAGCGGCUCUCGAUGGUGCAAUGGCGAGUGCAGGUAUGGGCAUGGAUGGCUUGAAUGACGACCAAGGACUGGGAAUGAAUGAUCCUCAUGGAGAUUUGAUGCACGGACUGAUGGGUGGAGGCGACGCCAGUGAUUUAUUGGAUGGUUUCGGAAAUGGAGAUUUAGGUGAUGGUAUGGGGUUCUGA